UAGUAAUCAAGCAAGGAAAUUUCAAGCUUGUAAGCUUUGCUACUUUGCACUGCUUUCACAUUCUUAUAUGUGUAUACCUUAGGAAGCAAAGAGACAGGUCUAGAAUGAGAUAUUCUUGUAUUAAUUAGCCCUUUCUUUUUGUUCUGUAAGAAGCCAAAGUACACACACACACACAAAAAAAAAAAAAAACCUUGUGACAAAGAAAGAGAGAUUGUUAAUGGAGAUGGAGAGUGAAACACAGCAGUCAAAAUUUAGGAGGAUUUGUGUGUUUUGUGGAAGUAGCCAAGGCAAGAAGGGUAGCUAUCAGGAUGCUGCUAUUGAGCUUGGCAGAGAAUUGGUAUCAAGGAACAUUGAUCUGGUCUAUGGAGGAGGUAGCAUAGGUUUAAUGGGUUUGGUUUCACAAGCUGUUCAUGAUGGUGGUCGCCAUGUCAUUGGAGUUAUUCCCAAGACGCUCAUGCCUCGAGAGUUAACUGGUGAAACAGUGGGGGAAGUGAAGGCUGUUGCAGAUAUGCAUCAAAGGAAGGCAGAGAUGGCUAAGCAUUCAGAUGCUUUUAUUGCCUUACCAGGUGGUUAUGGAACUCUUGAAGAACUACUUGAAGUCAUUACCUGGGCUCAGCUUGGAAUACAUGAUAAACCAGUUGGAUUGCUGAAUGUUGAUGGAUACUAUAACUCAUUGCUUUCGUUUAUCGAUAAAGCUGUGGAAGAGGGGUUUAUCAGUCCAAAUGCACGCCAAAUCAUUGUAUCUGCACCCACAGCAAAAGAGCUAGUAAAGAAAUUGGAGGAAUAUGUCCCCUGCCAUGAAAGAGUUGCUUCGAAGUUGAGUUGGGAGAUGGAGCAACUUGGCUAUAAGACAUAUGAUAUAUCUAGGUAAUGCUUGGACUGCAUGAAGGAGAAGAAGGUAGAUGGAAUUUGGAAGGCUUCAAUUUAAAAAAAGAAAAAGAAAAAGUAAAGACUCAAAAUUUCCUUCAAUGUGGAAAUUCUUUGUUUUUGUGUAAAUUACUGCUAUUGACAUCAAUAUAUGAAUUUCAAGUCUUCAA